AUGGGAAGACAACCUUGUUGUGAUAAAGUUGGAUUAAAGCGAGGUCAAUGGACAAUCGAAGAAGAUCAUAAGCUCACCAAUUUCAUACUCAACAAUGGUAUUAUCUGUUGGCGAAAGGUUCCCAAGCUUGCAGGGCUGUUAAGAUGUGGAAAAAGUUGCAGAUUAAGAUGGAUAAAUUAUCUAAGACCUGGCCUUAAGAGAGGGUCUUUUACAGAUUCUGAAGAACAUCAAAUUAUUCAACUUCAUUCACGUCUCAGGAAUAGGUGGUCCAAGAUUGCUUCACAUUUCCCUGGUCGUACAGACAAUGAAAUCAAGAAUCAUUGGAAUACUCGAAUCAAGAAGAAGCUAAAACAGCUCGGUUUAGACUCACAAAAACCUUUUGAGAUUGAGAAAUCCCGGAAAAAUUAUGGUAAUAAAAACAACAUGAAUUCAGACUCUAGUUCAUCAAAUAAACAAGAAGCAAUUAGCUUAGAAUCAAGGCCUGAGGAUGAUCAUGGCAUGAAAAUUUGUCCAAAAAAAGCUGAAAGACCAGAAGAAAUGAAAGCAACUGUGGAUGAAACAAAUGAUCCAUUGAACAACUACCAGAUGUUAUCUGGAAGCUCUGAUUUAGAUUGGUUGAAGGAAUCCAACAAUGUUUCAAUGGGUGAAACAGCAUGUGUUGAAGAAGAAUAUUGGGUUGAUGGUGUAGAUUCAUUUCUUUCAUGGAAUAGCUUUGUUCAUGUGGAAGAUAAAUUCUUUCCUUCUUGGGAAAUAGGCAAUGGAACAUAG